AUGACCAUCAAGAAUAAGUACCCGUUGCCACGGAUUGAUGAUUUGCUUGACCGGCUUAGAAAAGCUAAGUACUUCUCCAAGAUUGACUUGAGCUUGACCAACGCACCAGUAUAUUUCAUGAACCAGAUGAAUAAGAUCUUUAUGGAGGAGUUGGACAAGUUUGUGGUAGUAUUCAUUGACGAUAUUCUGAUCUACUCAAAGAUAGCAGAAGAGCACAAGGAGCACCUUCGGAUCGUGCUAGAGAGGUUACGACAACACCAACUUUACACUAAGUUCAGCAAGUGUGAGUUAUGGAUGGAGGAAGUUGCCUUCCUAGGGCACGUGUUGUCAACAAAGGGUGUAGCCGUUGACCCCGCUAAGAUUGAAGUAGUCACAGAGUGGGAGCAGCCUUGCAACAUGAUAGAGAUCAGGAGCUUCCUUGGAUUGGCAGGAUACUACCGGAGGUUUAUUGAGAACUUUUCCAAGAAAGCCAAACCCAUGACUGAGCUACUGAAGAAUAAUGUGAAGUUUGUGUGGUCUGAAGCUUGCGAGAAGAGCUUUCAGGAGCUUAAGUCGAGACUUACCACCAACCCAGUACUAACCUUACUGGAUAUCAAGAAGGACUUUGUGGUGUACUGCGACGCUUCCAAGCAAGGGUUAGGAUGUGUGUUGAUGCAGGAAGGAAAGGUCGUGGCCUAUGCGUCUAGACAGUUAAAGAAGCAUGAGGAGAACUAUCCGACACACGAUCUGGAAUUAGUAACCGUAGUGCAUGCUCUCAAGAUUUGGAGGCACUACCUGAUCAGCAACAAGUGUGAGAUCUACGCUGACCACUAG